AUGGAGGAUGCGCAAGAAGCUCAGGUUACUUUCCUGGAUGAUUUGUUCAGCUCGAAAUUCGCGAUACAGGACGUUGUAGAGGACGACUUCUUUUCCUCAGAGGAACGCGAAAUCGACACUACGCCUCCCGAAGAAAGUGACAGACAGAGUUCUGAGGAUGAUCUCGCCGAGCUCCUCGAACUCAUCAACAGCAUCAAGCUUCUACCGGGAUCCUCAAAGAUCAGCUAUGCAACAGCGGGCAUGUUCAAUGGCGUCAACAGCCAUCCCAUCGACACGGGGGCCUUCUUUCAAGUACGAAAGCUAGAUCAGCCCGGACAUAACAGGCAGAUAGUGGCCAAGUAUCCCAGGCUCGACCCUACGCGGGAAGGCGGCGGCAUUUCACGCAAGAACAUCGAGGCCAUCAAGCUGGAGAUCCAAGCGCUCUCGCACCAGCCGAUUCUUGAUCAUCCCAACGUUGUAGAUCUACUGGGCUUCUCGUGGGCAAGGAUGAGUGCCGUCGAAGAACGCAGUCAGAUUGUACCGGUGUUACUACUCGAGUUUGCAUCCCAUGGCACCUUGCGAGACUACCUGUGCGAUAACACAACCUCGCCGGCAGAGCGACUUCGGCUGGGAAAAGGUCUAGGGGAAGGACUUGACGCGCUGCACAAGUCGGGGAUUGUCCACGGAGACCUCAAGCUGGACAACGCUCUAGUUUUCGACCAUCCGGAUGGCGGCGUCGUAGCGAAGCUAGCAGACUUCGGAUCUGCCGUCCAGCUUCUGGAGGGCGGUUACCAGUACAGAGGCGGUACCCCUCCCUGGACUGCCCCGGAGUGGCGCAAGAGUAUUGAGCCUUGGGAGCAGCAUGCUGCCGACAUUUACUCGUUUGGCCUUCUGAUCUGGACGUUGUGCCUCGAAGGUAGGAACCCCUUUUCUGGCCUGUCCGCCAACGAAAUAGAAGAUCGAAAAACGCGCGAUGUGACCGAGAGCGAUGCUGUCAAGUCUGUCGCCGACCACCACGAGUUUUUUCGACAUGCCGUGGAGAUUUCGACUGAGCUGGAGCAAUUCGAGCUCUACCUCACGUCCGUGAUCUGCCCGCGCAAAGCCUUCAGAUACACAUUAAGAUUCGAUACCCACCAGCGGGACCUGGGCGCCGCGUUAUCAGCCCUUUCAGUCGAUGACUUUUACAGUGCAAACGAAGACCAGGAUGAGUCGGCUUCGAAAGAGUCACCUCUGAUGUUGAAGGAAUACAAGAGUAUCAAUACAUACACCAAACUCACCGAUAUGCCAGAACAGGUACGGCAGUGUCUUUUCCGUAGUUUCACAGCUGCGGUCAACGAGAGUCAGGCGGCCCAGCUCGAAAAGGCUGGGAUGUGCUUCCAAUUAGGACUGGCCUGCCUAGAUGGGUUCACGAGCUACUGGAGCAUUCCUGCGGCCCUGAACUGGCUUGAGAAGGCGGCCACGCUGGGGUCAGAGGCCGCGCGUGGUGUGAUCUAUCGCAUUUUCUGUGCCACUGCACGAUCCAAGCUUGAGCAGGAUCCAGAACUAGCCAGUCGUUUGCGAGGCUUCUUGGCCGCCGCGACUGCCAUGGGCUCCAGCAGUGCCAGACAAAGUCUGUGCGAGCUUGAUGUAGAGGCUGCUCGCGUUUCCACGGAAGCCUUCAAGGGUCGCUUUCUCCCAGAAGGCAUGGGCGCGGUUUCCAUGCGACUUGACAAGGAGGUCCUCGAAGCUGUCAUCCAUCCGCGCUGGCAGGAGGGCCUUUCUCCGGGUCAGAAAACCAAGUUUCAGGACCAGCGAUCAAGAACAUACCUCAACCGGAAGAAGGGAAGCAUUCUGCAUUUCGCCAGCGCGUAUGGUGUGGACAGAGAUGGUUUCGAGGGAUUCCUUGACUUGGAGAAACCUGAUGUAAACGCGAAGGAUGCUGAUGGAAACACGCCGCUGCUGAUGGCGAUGCGCGCAGGGCAUGCACACCUGGCACUGGCACUACUUCGUUACGGAGCUGAUCCUAACGCUUCGAAUAAUCUGGGACAGAGGGCCUGUCAUUGGGCUAUCCAUGUCGAUGACCAAGGAUUACUGGAAGAACUCAUCUCCGUCAUGGUUAGUAAAGGCGCAGAUCUCGAGGCCGUUGCCAAGCGAACAGAUGUCAGCGAUGGCCAAGUCUACAGACAGGAGCAGUACGAGGGCACACCCCUAUUCUGGGCUGUUGUUGAAGGCAGGGACGAUGUCAUCUCGGCCUUGCUCAAGAACGGAGCUUGCCCUACCACUCCCGGCACGUACAUGAGUCCCUUUGAUCUUGCUGUGGGGUACAAUGCCUGGCGAACCAUCAGGCUCUUUUCUCGGCACGCUCAACAUCCCAUCACAUCGCGGAUUGUCGGGCCUACCCGGAGUGAGAAUAUAGGUGGCUCUCUUGAUAUAAUUACAGAGGACUGGGUCUCUUUCGCCAUGUGCUGCUUCCCGCGCCAUUACCACAUGAUGAGGCAUGGUCACUGUUAUGGGGAUGCGCUCAAACUCACCUUGGUGGAACUAAAGAGAGCCAAGCUUCUCGAAAACGACGUACUUGGACCACUUCGCAAAGCCCUUCAGAGUGGAGGACCGAUGGUAGACGACUUAUUGUGGUAUCAGAGCUGCAAAAUGAGGCCCGUCUCGUCAUGGGAUCUUGCCGCAAUGUUCAUUGACGAGGCCUCUCACAUCAGCCCGGAUGCGGCGUCGAUCCUGCUGGACGGGAUGGCUGCCGAUGAGGGAAACGGCCCCUUGCCAGAUCUGACUCCUCUCCUCUUCACAUACCCCAGCUCUCACCGUGCCGAGGUUGGAAUAUUUUCGAGAUUAUUGGAUUUGAUCAAUCCGGCGUCAGUCGACAUUCCAGAUGUGCAUGGAGUAACAUCGUACCGUAAUGUUACCCCCUUCAUGCUGGCAGUCCUUGGUGGCGCCUUUGAGUUCGCGACGGAGCUUUUGGCAAGAGGAGCAGACCCGAACUUCGAGACUGCUCAAGUCAACACGUCUGGAACAGCGUCGGUCAAAGUCAACAUCCUCCACCUUCUGAUCUUGGUAAACGAGGAUACGUCUCUGGCUGGACUCCGAUAUCUACUUGAGCCGCAACAUCCCUUUCACGACCGCAAGCCGGACUUUGUUGUUUGUAAAGAACUGGGCUUGACAGCGCUUACAUAUGCCGCGAGAUGGGGGAACACAAUCUUGUUCAAUUACCUUUUCAAUCAUUUCCACUCCAGCGAAGCGCUGGAUAUGCGGGGGCUCAACUACGGUGACACGGCGCUACACACAGCCGCCAUUCAUGGCAACUACGAUGUGGCUGUGGCCCUCGUCAACCGAGGCGCGAAAAUCAACGUCCUUGCACAUACGGAGGACGGGAAGCUCAUGUCGCCACUGGACUUUUGCUACGAUACGGACACUUACAGCACAAAUGUCCCCCGCACAAGCAGACAUUGGGAAGGUCUCUGGGUCGCGCGGCUUCGUACAGCCAAGUUCCUUGCUGACAGGGGCGGAAGGAUGCUGGUACGCCAUGCCAUGCCCAUUGCCUUCCAUUUCCUGGUACACGCCUGCUCGGGAAACUGGCCAAGGCUGUUCGCGGAAGCGUUUGAGCAGACUCCCGAAGACCUCAAAACGCAGGAGUACCUGGACACAUUGCUGUUCCGAGCUGCCGACUCUGGCAGCGAGGACGUCGUGAGUCUCCUUAUCGACGCCGGAGCCUGCGUCAAUGCCCGGUCGGCGCGUGGACAGACGCCGCUCCAUCGGGCGGCCCAGCGUGGGUACAUGUAUGUUGCCAGGGUGCUCGUCCAGCGCGGUGCGGACGUGAGGCUCCGUGACGACAAGAGCCGGACAGCCGCUGUGCAGGCCUUCACCCACGAUCACGACAGCUUAGUCAUGUUUCUCCUGGCUCAAGGGUCGCCUCGGGACCUUCCGACCAUGACCGAGGUGCCAUACACUGUGGAUUAUCUGGAUCGACGGACGAACACGACUUCUGCACAGUCGAUCAUCGCUACAGUAUGCUUCUUGCAUCUGCCCAUGCCAGAGGAACCGGGGGCGAGUGCAGAGGAAACUGACAGAACGAGCUACUGGGUGCUGAGGGUGCGCCGACCAGUUGAGGGCGGUGAUGACAAGAGUCCUUCGUCGGUCGUGAAGAGUAGCAAAGAGAACGAGAGGUUGCUGAUCAAUAUGAGAGGCGAAGGUUUUCAGGCGGCCUGGAAAGCGGCGCAAGAGCGGGCUAACGAGAGCGGACCAGCACCGAGAAGGAACGAGCAGGAUGAUACUUCCGACAAGUAUUAG